CUGACACAACCCAAAUAUAUCAAAAAUUUUAGGAAAUGUGCAAAAUGUGCACCAAUUUGUAAAAGAUUAUUUUUAGCACAAGAAUUGGAUCAAAAUAGCACAAAGGGAUUUGCUGCCAGUACACCUGAUUUAGUUAUUAAUGAUUUUGUAAAAUCUGAUGGGUUUAGCCCAAACAAUACAAAUACUGAUUAUGUUGAUCCUCUUCAUGAUGAUAAAAAACAUUCCAUAUGGACAAUGAAGUUUAGCCCUGAUGGGAAAUAUUUAGCAAGUUCUGGCAGGGGGAAUAUAAUCAAGAUUUGGAAAGUUAUAGCUUCACCAUUAGAUAGAUUAGAACAUGGUUCAAAUGUUACUGGUGUUGAGAUGGAUGAUUUAGAAAAUGUUACUGUUGAUGAAGAAACUAAAAAAACAAUGUAUGCCUCAGUUUUCCAAGAACAACCAUAUAGAAUAUUUGAAGGUCAUUCUCAUGAUAUCUUGUCAUUAGAUUGGAGUAAGAAUAAUUUCUUAUUAUCAGGUUCAAUGGAUAAAACUGUUAAAUUAUGGAAUGUUAAUCAAACCACAUGUCUGAGAACUUAUACCCAUCAUGAUUUUGUCACCUCUGUUAAAUUCCAUCCAACUGAUGAUAGAUUUUUCCUAAGUGGAUGUUUAGAUCAUAAAGUUAGAUUAUGGUCAAUUUUAGAUAACGAGGUUAGUUAUGAAUUUGAUGCUAAAAAUUUAGUCACAGCAGUUACAUUUACACCAAAUGGGAAUUUAACAAUAGCUGGUACUUUUAAUGGUACUUUAUAUUUUUUGGAUACCACAAAUCUUGAACUACGACAUUCAUUAGUUAUUAAUCAAAAGAAAAAUCAUGCAAAUGGAUCAAAAGUUACAGGUAUUGAAACUUUUUUCGAUCAAGAUGAUGUUAAAGUGUUGAUUACAACAAAUGAUUCAAGAAUUCGUUUAUUAUCAUUAAGACAAAGACAAAUGGUUGAAUAUUUUAAAGGAUUGGAAAAUAAUUCUUCACAAAUCAUUGCUACAGUAUCUGAUGACAAGAAAUAUGUUAUAUCAGGAUCUGAAAAUCAUUGGGUAUAUAUAUGGAAAUUGGAGAAAGAGGAAGGUGAUGAUAAUCAUCAUGCAGGAAAUCAAUUGAAAAAAUUGAUUCAUGAUAAAAAAAAGAGAAAAGAUUAUACAUCAUUUCAUGCACAUCAUUCAGUUGUCACAUGUGCAUUAGUUGCACCAUCUGCAACUUCCAAGGCAUUAUCAUUAUCAAAUGAUUAUAUUUAUGAAUUGAAUAAUGAAUUUUCAAAACUAAGAGGUGAUCAAGAAGGUUAUACCGAGGAGGAAACUUCAUUAAUUAAAGAAGACUUCAUUGGUGGUAUUAUUGUUACAGCUGAUGAUAAUGGAUUGAUUAGAGUUUUCAGACAAGAUUUUUCAUCAACAGUUAGAAAGAUGUUGAUU